AUGGACACUCCUCUCGCAUUCGGUGUCGGUGCUAUCACUGCCGCUCUCGUUGGUCAUCAGCUACUUCGGAGGGCCGGACAAGGAGCAGCAGAGCAGUGGAUGGAUAGAAAAGAGGCUAUUGCCAUCCUUGGACUAAAGGACGGACACCUGCUGCGUAAUAGAGUAAAAGAUGCUCACCGUCAUAUAAUGCUCACCAAUCAUCCCGACAGAGGCGGCUCUCCCUAUCUUGCCAGCAAAAUUAACGAAGCAAAAGAUUUGCUCGACAAGACGGAAGGCAAACGAUGA